ACAAAAAAACUCAAUUCCGCACUGUUUCUGAGUCAUCAGACUUAUCCACCAAGGGAUUUGUGGAAUUUCUAUGGAUUGGCACCCUUUUUUGGGUAUGAAGGUACUAAGAGUCCUCUCACUACCAACCAGCAGACAUCAUCUGGCUGGGUCUUGCUGGGGAGAUCGGAGCAACAGGGAACGCCUAAAAGACGUUUUUCUUCCUGUGUUGUAGUAAGUAGAUUGAGAGGUCAUUCCGCCACUUGUCCUCGAAUAUGGGGAGUAUGUUCUCAUAAACUCUUGUGUAAAUCUGACCCAGCUGGCGAGCGAUCCCAGUUUGUGAAAGAGAACAAGACAGCAAGCGAGCAUACUUUCUUCUCCACCAAUCACGGAAGUUUAAGGAUAACUGUAGGUUGGUGGCUAUCUAAGGAAACUUCGAUUCGAUCCGCCCCCCGGCUGGGAGGCAUCUACCUCAUCCCGAUCACAAGGAGAGGUUCACUAUGA